AUGUCAGAGGAUACAGUUGACUCUAAUGAUCAGAUGUCAGAAGUUAGUAAAGAAACUUCAAUGAGAUUAGAGAUUGCAAAACUUCAGCAAGAAGUUAAAAUGAUGAAAGCAAGUAGAGAGGCACUCACUAUCAAUACUAGUGACAAUGAAAUGAGUAAAGAUCUUAUGAACUAUCUACAGAGAAAAGGCAGAAAUAUUAUCAUAAUGAAGAUCUUGAAUGAAUUUAGAGAUUUAAGUGAAGUACAUUAA